AUGAGUUGUGGCGAUGAUACCUUUUCGCGUCGUGCAGCCGGUGCAGCUCCGCCACUCAUGGGUGUGGAGCGAGGUGGCGGCGGUGGGGGCGCGGGCGCAGCGGAGGCAGCGCUCAACGGCGCUGCGCGGCCCGAUCGCCCCGACCGCCCCGACCGCCCCGACGAGCCGCCGCAUAAGCGCCCCAAGAUGGUCGCUGACGACGGCCACUCGCUGCGCAAACGCGUCCUCGAGUACAAGUUGCUUCGUUUGAAAAACCUCCGCGAAAGGUUCACGGAGCAACUGAGCGAGCUGUACUUCCUGCAGGCGGGCGGCAACAUGAUGGACUACGCGGCUUGGCGCAAGCGGCCGCCCGCUCCGCAGCUCGUGGCCUUCAUAGAGGCGCGGCGCCCACCGCUCGGCGUGGCCGCGCUCGCUUCGCCGCACCAUGACCCGCCGCCCGUCCAGCCCGCUGCUCAGCCGCCCGCGCCGGCGCCCGCGCCGCCGCAGCCGGCGCCGCCGCCCUCCGAGCCGCCCCCCGCGCCCUCGCCGCCGCCGGCCGCCGCGCCCGCGCCCGUCCCCACCGCCCCGCCCAGCGCCACGGCCGCGCCGGCGCCUCCGCCACCGCCCGCGCCCCUCGCGCCCGCCGCCCCGCCCGCCGUGCCCGCGGUCAUCAGCGUGGCCGACGAGAUGGUCGAGAAGGCCAAGCAGGAGGCGUACGUGGCGGCGCGCGUGGCCGAGCUGGCGCGCGCCGGCCUCUGGACCGAGCGUCGGCUGCCACGCGUGCUCGAGCCGCCGCGGCCCAAGACGCACUGGGACUACUUGCUCGAGGAGAUGGCUUGGCUCGCGCAAGAUUUUGCACACGAGCGUAAAUGGAAGAAGCAAGCGGCUAAGAAGUGCGCGAGAGCGGUUCAAAAAUAUUUCCAAGAUAAAGCGCUCGCUGCUCAAAAAGCUGAAAAGGCGCAAGAAUUGCAGUUGAAAAAGAUUGCGUCCUUUGCGGCCAAGGAAAUACGAACGUUUUGGUCUAACGUCGAAAAAUUGGUGGAAUGGAAACGUGUACGGCGUGUAGAGCGCGCUCGUAAGGAAGCGUUGGACGAGCAACUGAGUUACAUCGUGGACCGCACCGAACGCUAUUCGCGGCAGCUGGCCGCCAACCUGAGCCGGCCCGCCGCGGCCGACGCGCCGCCCGCCGGCGAGGCCGCGGACGCCGCGCCCGACACGCCGCCCUCGGACGACGAGUUCCAGCCGCGCGGCUGCUCCGACGACGACGAGGAGACCAUCGCCGCGGCCGAGCGCGAGGCCGGCCACGAGGCCGCAGACCACCGCGACGAGCUGGAGGCGCUGCGCCGCGAGUCGCGCCUCGCCCUCGGCGACCUGCUGCCGCCCGGCUACGUGCCCGCGCACUCGCCGCCGCCCUCCGACUACGGGCCCGACGGCGACUCGGCCGACGACGAGGACACCAUCGCCGAGCAGGAGCGCGCCGAGCGGCCCGAGGACACGGCCGCCGAGGUGGCCGCGCUGCGGGACGAGGCCGAGCUGGGCCUCGACGAGCUCAUGCGCCGCUACGCCGCGCCCGCGGACGACUCCGACGCCUCCACCGCCUCCGAGGCGGACGGCGACGGGGAUGAUGACGGGGACGACGACGACGACGACGACGCGGACGACGAUGAGGACGGGGAAGACGAGAAUCGGAAUGAUUCGGAUGACGAGCUUCGGAGCAUGUCCGGCUCGUCCAGCUCUGAGGCGCUCGAGGCGCUGAUGGAGAGCGAACCGGCGGAGGCCGCGGCGGAGAACGCGCCGGAGGCGGAGGCGGGCGAGCAGAAGGUGGAGGCGGCGGCGUCGCUGGCCGCGUCGCUGCAGCCCACGGGCACCACGCUCUCGGAGACGGCGGUGGGCACGCCGGUGCCGCGGCUGCUGCGCCACUCGCUGCGCGAGUACCAGCACGUGGGCCUGCACUGGCUGGCCACGAUGCACGCGCGCGGCCUCAACGGCAUCCUGGCCGACGAGAUGGGCCUGGGCAAAACCAUCCAGAGCAUCGCGCUGCUGGCGCACCUGGCGCUCGAGCGCCGCGACUGGGGGCCGCACCUCGUCGUGGCGCCCACCUCGGUCGUGCUCAACUGGGAGAUGGAGUUCAAGAAGUGGUGCCCCGCCUUCAAGAUACUCACCUACUACGGGACAAUCAAGGAGCGAAAGUUGAAACGUGUCGGUUGGACUAAGGCGAACUCUUUUCACGUGUGCAUUACAUCCUACAAAUUGGUAGUGCAGGACCACCAAAGUUUCCGUAGAAAAAAAUGGAAAUAUCUGAUCCUUGAUGAAGCUCAGAACAUUAAAAACUUCAAGUCCCAAAGGUGGCAGAUGUUGUUAAAUUUCCAAACAGAAAGGCGAUUGCUGUUGACGGGUACUCCGCUGCAGAACAGCCUGCUGGAGCUGUGGUCGCUCAUGCACUUCCUGAUGCCGGACGUGUUCGCCUCGCACUCGGAGUUCCGCGAGUGGUUCAACCCGGUGGCCGGCAUCGCGGAGGGCUCUCAGUGCUACAACGACGCGCUGGUGCGGCGGCUGCACGAGGUGCUGCGCCCCUUCCUGCUGCGGCGGCUCAAGGCCGACGUGGAGCGCCAGAUGCCGCGCAAGUACGAGCACGUGCUCAUGUGCCGCCUCGCCAAGCGCCAGCGAUUCCUCUACGACGACUUCAUGGCUCGCGCCAAAACAAAAGAGAGUCUCGCAUCUGGCGCGCGCCGUGUCGUAGCCGCUGCAGCUGGGCGCGCUGCGGCUGCGCGUGGCGGCGCUCGCGCUCGGCGCCGCGGACGGGGCGCGCGCGCGCCUCGCGGCCGCCGCGCGCCUCGGCGGCGACCUGGCCGCGCUCGAGGCGCGCGGCGCCGGCGCCUUCGCCGCGCACCGCGCGCGCGCCACCUGGCGCCGCCGCGCCGCCUGCUCGACGCGCCGCCCGACGGCCGCCGCGCGCCGCCGCGCCCGCCGCCCGCCGCCCUGCGGCUGCACUGCGCCUCGUGGCGCGCGCGCCGCCCGCGCUGCCCGCGCCCGCCCCCGCCGCGCGCGCCCCCCGCCGCCCGGCCCGCCGCGCCCGCCCACGCCCCCGCCGCCGCCGCCGCCAGCUCGGCCGCGGCGCCCCCGCGGGGCCCCUCCGCCCGCGCCGCCGCCUGGCGCCGCGCCUCCCUGCGACGCUUGGCAGCCAUCAACGAGCGCCGCUGCUGGCGGCUGCCGCUCUACGGCUCGGAUCUUCGCGCGGCGGUGUUCGCGGGCCCACCCGCGCUCCCGCCGAGAGACUUGUCCGAACUGUUGGACGACAUGCACGACAUCAUCGACCGGUUCAGCGUGUGCUGCGGCGGAGCGCGCGCCGGCGCCGCCGAGCUGUGGUGCGGCGGCGGCGCGGAGUGGCGCGCGUGGCGCCGGCGCCAGGCCGCGCUCGAGCAGCGCGCCCUGCCGCCCGCGCGCGCCGCGCUAGCGCUGCUGCACGCGCCGGCCGCGCGCCAGGCCGUGGCCUUUCCGCACCCGCGCCUGCUGCAGUACGAUUGCGGCAAGCUGCAAACUCUGGACGGGCUGCUGCGGCGGCUGAAGGCCGGCGGACACCGCGUGCUGAUCUUCACACAGAUGACGCGCGUGCUGGACGUGCUGGAGGCGUUCCUGUCGAUGCACGGGCACACGUACCUGCGGCUGGACGGCGCCACCCGCGUGGAGCAGCGCCAGCCGCUGGUGGACCGCUUCAACGCGGACGCGCGCGUGUUCGCCUUCAUCCUGUCGACGCGCAGCGGCGGCGUGGGCCUCAACCUGACCGGCGCGGACUGCGUCGUCUUCUACGACUCGGACUGGAACCCCACGAUGGACGCGCAGGCGCAGGACCGCUGCCACCGCAUCGGCCAGACGCGCGACGUGCACGUCUUCCGCCUCGUCACGGCCGCCACCGUCGAGGAGAACAUCCUGCGCAAGGCCGAGCAGAAGCGCGCGCUCGGCCACCUGGCCAUCGAGGACGGCCACUUCACCACCUCCUACCUGCGCCUGUCUAACAUAAAAGAACUUUUCGGCGGCGAAGCCGACGCGAGCACGCCGGCGCCGUGCGGAGAAGGCGCCGCCGAGGCGGAGCCGGAGUCCGGCUCGAGCGCGCCCGCCGAGCUGGAGUGCGCGCUGGCCGCGGCCGAGGACGAGGCCGACGCCGCGGCCGCGCGCAACGCCCGCGCUGAGGCCAUGGGCGAGCUAGCCGAGUUCGACGAUACGCUGCCGCUGCACGAGGCGCCCGCGCCCGCCGCCGCGCCCGCGCCGCCCGCGCCGCCCGAGCGCGGCGAGCAGGCCGCCGAGCUGGCCGAGCUCGCGGCCCUCAUGAACCAGCUAACGCCUAUAGAGAAGUACGCGAUGCGGCUGGUGGAGAGCAGCGAGGCGGCCACGGAGGCCGAGCGCGCCGCGCUGGGCGAGAUGCGGCGCCAGCUGCGCGAGUGGGAGCGCGCGCGGAGAGCUCUGCGCGCGGAGGGCGGCGAAGAAGCGGAGCAGGGGCGCGACGAGCCCGAGCCCGAGCUGACGUACUGCCGCGGCGACGCGCGAGCCAAGGUGCGAGGGCGGAGGAGGCGCGCGCCGCCGGCGCCGCCGUCGCCGCCGCCGUCGCCGCCCGCGCCGCCCGCCUCGGCCGCCUCGGCCGCCUCGGCCGCCACGCCGCGCACGCGCUCACGCGGCACCGUGCACAUCAACCUGUGGACGCUGGACGAGGCGCGCGGCGGCCGGCGGCGCGCGCUGCGCAACGGCACGCUCGACGCGUGGCUGGCCUCCGCUGACCGCAAUAAA